UAUUAUUUACUUACUUGAGACGUUUGAAUACGACGAGCGACGCUAACAAAGCAAAGUCUAAUCAGUAAACAAUUAAACGUUUGAACAGAAAGUUUGAUUUGUCUGUCAGAGAUUUAUUUUUACUUACUUGAAAAUGUUUCCUGGAGAAGAUCCCUUCGCCAAAAGCUCUCAGUACAUUCGAAUGUUGUAUUUGAAUGAAUCAUUUUGGGACAACAAAAAAACUUUUGUGCUACUUCUCGAUUACGAUGGCACUUUAUCCGACAUUGCACCUCAUCCAGAUAUGACUUGCAUGGUCGACGGUAAUCGUGAAGCUCUCGAAUUCAUCCGGGAUCAGCCAAAUGUUGUCGUCGCCAUAAUCACAGGGCGUGACGCAACCAAUGCAAAAAGUGUCGUUGCCCUUGAGAAUGUUAUCUAUGCCGGAGAUCACGGCUUCGAAAUUGUUUUUCCCGAUGGUUAUCGCUUCGAUUACGAGCUAAGUGACGCCCUCAAGCAAAGUUAUCCGCAAAUGGUAGCGGAACUCAAUUCGAUCUCGCGAGAUGGCGCUUUCGUCGAAUCCAAAAAAUACUCGUUGUCGUUCCAUUAUCGCGCCGUGCCCGAAGAAUAUCACAAAGAGCUCGAGAAUAAAGCGAUGGAAAUUAUUCGGAAACACGGAUUUCGCCCAAGCCCCGCCCACAAAGCGGUUGAAGCGAAACCGCCCAUGCAAUGGAACAAGGGAUUCGCUGCCGAGUACAUUUUGAAACACAAAUUCGGCGAAAAUUGGCAGGAAAAGGCUUUUGCGUUGUUCAUUGGCGACGAUACAACUGACGAGGAUGUGAUGCAAGUGCUUAAAGAUAAAUGCUUGACAUUUCGCGUAACGCCAGAUAAACAUCUCGAAUCAGCUGCAACCAUGAAAAUUCCCGAUACGAAAGCUGUGGCGGAAAUUUUGCAGCAAAUUAAGAAGCGAUUUGAACGGCGAGCUCCCAACAAUAAAAAAUGAAUCUCUAAAAAUAAAUAAAAAAAUUUUUCUAUGUUGGAAAAAUAAUUGCAAAUUUUGUAGUUUCUAUGAGUUCAUCACUUUAAUCAAAAACGUGG